GCUUGGCUACUGUAGGUCAACGAUGCAGUUGGAACCUUAGCUGGAGGUCGAUACAACCACCCAGAUGUUAUGGCUGCUGUUAUCCUGGGUACAGGGACUAAUGCAGCAUAUGUCGAGAGGGCGCAUGCAAUUCCGAAGUGGCAUGGUCUGCUGCCUAAAUCAGGAGAGAUGGUUAUCAACAUGGAAUGGGGUAACUUUCGGUCAUCACAUCUUCCCCUAACUGAGUAUGAUCAAGGGCUUGAUGCUGAGAGUUUAAACACUGGGGAACAGAUUUUUGAGAAGAUUAUAUCUGGGAUGUAUUUAGGGGAAAUUGUGCGUAGAGUACUAUGCAGGAUGGCUGAAGAAGCUGCCUGGUUUGGUGAUGCUGUUCCUCCAAAGCUAAAUAUUCCUUUCAUAUUGAGGACCCCUGAGAUGUCUGCAAUACAUCACGACACAUCUUGUGAUCUCAAAGUGGUUGGUGCAAAGCUAAAAGAUAUUUUAGAGAUUCCUAAUUCUUCGCUUAAAGUACGGAAAGUAAUGGUGGAGAUAUGCGAUAUUGUUGUCUCCCGUGGAGCACGCCUCUCUGCUGCUGGGAUCCUGGGAAUUCUCAAAAAAUUGGGUAGAGAUAUUAUAAAGGAUGGAGAGAAGCAGAAGUCAGUUGUAGCUUUGGAUGGCGGACUUUUCGAGCACUACGCAAAGUUCAGAAAUUGUAUGGACAGCACUCUUCAGGAAUUGCUUGGAGAUGCUUACGAGAAUGUUUCAAUUAUCCACUCAAAUGAUGGUUCUGGCAUUGGUGCUGCGCUCCUGGCUGCCUCUCAUUCGCAAUAUCUCGAAGUAGAGGAAUCCUGAUCCUGGUAUGAGCUGUAGUGCUCCCAAAAAUAGAUCUACUGCGUUGGAGCUCUAUAUUUGUGCCAUCCUUUCCCUGGGAGCAACUGCAGCAGCCGAAUCAAGGAGAUGUUGCGAGGAACGUUUGAAUAUAUGUAUGGUCUAGCAGAGCUCCAAACUGAGCCAUGGACCCGUGUACCUCUAGAUUUCUGGCCCGUAACUGAGACAAUGUCUUCGUAUUUUUGUUAGUAAUUCCCCCCCUCCCUCUUUGGCUUAAGAGCAGUGUCUUAAAGUUAAGGCUUUGUUGUAAGAUCAUUUGGGCAUUCAAGAUUAUGUAUAGUGCACAUGUAGAUGAUACUCUUUGGAUCAAAUAUAGUCCUGCACAACAUAUUAAACGGA